AUGGCGCGCAGCGGGCAGCGCAGCGGGCAGCGCCCCGGGGCCGCCGUCGCGCUGGCCAUGGUGGUCGUCGGCCUGCUUCAUCAGGGCGCGGAAGGCGCAGGGAUUCUAAGCGACGUCGUCUCCUAUGAAAAGCGGGGCAGGGACUGGCACGUGCUGCCCCCCAUGAACCCCGACGGCGACGAGUACUCGCACACCACGGACCGUCUCUGGAGGAAGACACGCUCCAAGACGUGGUGGGGGCUCGGCUGCGCGGGAGCGGACGCCAACAGGAACUUCGACUUCCACUGGAGAGAGGUGGGCGCCAGCUGGUCGGCGUGCUCCUACACCUACGCCGGCAGCAAGGCCUUCUCAGAGCCGGAGGCACGCGCCGUUCGGGACUACCUGCUCGCCAACAAGGAUCGCAUGAAGAUGUACCUCACGUAUCACAGCUACGGGAACUUUCUGUUGUACCCGUGGGGUUACACCAGCACCCUGCCUAACGACUGGAAGAUACUGGACUCGCUGGCCAAAAAGGCUAACAAGGCUAUGGUGGCGGCGGGCAGCGACCCGUACACUAUCGGCAGCUCCACUAAUGUCCUCUACGCGGCGGCGGGCGGCAGUGACGACUGGGCCAAGGGUGUGGCGGGCAUCGAGCUCUCGUACACCAUCGAGCUGCCGGGCGGCAACGGCCACGGCUUCGACCUGCCCGCCUCCUACAUCCCGGACGUCGGGCGCCACCAAAUGGAGCUGAUCAAGGUGUUCGGCGACUACGUCGCGUCCAUGAAGAAGUAACUUAGUCACGUCAGAAACUGACGAAACCCUGCCGGCGCCAAACCUACGUAAAGGAUCUCGUAUUACUUUAUUCAUAAACGUUAACUCUAAUCGUGCUACGACGGACAGACUGAUCACCGUUCCUAGGUCGUACCGAGCUUAAGAGAGCUUUAAAUGUGAGCAAUCUCCCGGGAACUAAAUAAAAUUGUGUACGAUGUUCCUCUCCUUGGACGCUCCUGUUA